GGUUGCCGUAUUAUAUACGUCGCCCGGAAUCCAAAAGAUGCUGCCACCUCCUUCUAUUCGGCUGAUGUGAAAUAUGAAACUUCCGCUGGAAGAAUAUUACGACGCGUUUCUUGCCAGUUUUACUACACACCAUAUUGGACCAAUGUCCUCGAGUUCUGGAAAAUCCGGCAUGAGCCAAAUAUCUUGUGGAACACUAACGAAAAUAUGAAAAAGGAUCUUCGUGCAGUGAUACGGAAGACGGCAACCUUUCUGGGCCGGAUUGUAACGGAAGAGGAAGUGGAACAACUGGAGGAGCACUUCAGCUUCAGCAGCAUGCGCCAGAAGCCGGCCACCAACUACGACGGCCCGGUGCAGAGGCUGCGCUCCACCACAGGCCUACCGCCGGUGCCCCAGGAGCUGGCCUCUGUGCGCAAGGGCAAGGUGGGCGCCUUCAGACAGCAGACGGACCACCGCUUUGACCGGUGGAUGCAGGAUAAUAUACGGGGCACAGGAUAUGAUGGUCCCAUCUGA